AUGGGAGAUGAACCCCAUCGAGUUUGCCCAUUCGGAAAUCCACGGGUCAAAGAGUAUGUGCCUCUCACCGUGGCUUAUCGCAGCUUGUCACGUCCUUCAUCGGCUUCCUGUGCCAAGGCAUCCACCGUGUGCCCUUACCAUCUUUUAUCCACCGAUAUAAUCGGUGAUGGUCUGGAUAAUACACUAGAACAUUACUGUUCAAUGCGAUCAGAUGCGAUCUUCUUGAAAGAAAAUCUUGUUAAACACGCUAUGCAGCUGUCAAGGUACAACGAGGCGAACCCUCGAAACCGGACGCUGCAAUCAAAAGUAAAACGAGAAAAUGACAUGCGGGAAUGA